CCUACUGGAGGACCAACUGAACCAAUUUGAGGAAAUCAAGAAAAGAAAAGAAAGGACAACAAUGUUCUCUUCUCCUCUCCCACAGUUACAUUGCAAACUCUUUGCAAAGAUGGGGGACGACAGACCUUUUGUGUGCAACGCUCCGGGCUGUGGACAGGUAAGCCAUCUACUACCUCUACCUUGUCUCGGGUUUGAGUUGUGUGUGUGUGUGUGUUUGUACAGUUGUGGUUGUUUGGUUGUACUUGGUAUUUGUGUGUGUGUGUGUGGCUUUGUGUUAGUGUGUUUUGCUGUCUGUGGCAGUUGACUCUGAAAUAACUCUAAUUGAGUAUUGGGAAGUUGAAACUGAUGAUAUUCAUUCAUACUGUACAUAGCCUAGUUCUGUACUGAAAUUAAUGGAAUUUCCCGUUGCUGUCAGUGGAGAAGAACAUGGGUAGAGAAUAGACAUGUUUUAGUUAGCCAUCAACCGGCUUCUGUUUCUGACUGAAACAAUUCUAAUGUAGGCUAUUUAAUGCAUUAGCUCUGCUUAUUCUGUUUCUCUGUAAGAGCCCACAUGGACAACACAAUGCCAUCCAGGCGACACACAGUUACACACACACGCGGACACACACACACUCUGAUCUCACUGUUGGUGAUAGCUAGCUAGUCGAACAUGGGUCUCUCGGCUACUUCUGUUUCUCAAUGAGAGCCCACAUGGACAAUACACUGAUUACUGACAGACACAGCUAGCUUAGCGGUGUUGUGAUACAAUGCUAACAAGGACGUCGUCUCCUCCACUCAGCCAGCCAGUGAGUCACAGGCAGUAGGCAGUACAGAUGAGUAAUCUAAGCACAGUUAUUGUUUCAACCUGUCUCUGUCUCACUUCUACUGCCUGCAGACAUAGAGGUUAAAGACACACAUAGUGACUCGGCUUGGCACUAAAUGUCUGUGGCUGGUAGCAUCCCAAAUGGUACCCUAGUCCCAUAGGGCUGUGAUCAAGAGUAGUGCACUAUAUAUGGAAUAGGGUGCCAUUUGGGACGCUGCCAUACUGGAGGUUAGCGGCGCGCAACGCUAGUGACUGCUUGGCAGUAAAUUAUGUCUACGACUACACAUGCCACAAUCCUGUCUAUAUACAGUUGAAGUUGGAAGUUUACAUACACCUUAGCCAAAUACAUUUCAACUCAGUUUUUCACAAUUCCUGACAUUUAAUCCUAGUAAGAAUUCCCUCUUAGGUCAGUUAGGAUCACCACUUUAUUUUAAGAAUGUGAAAUGUCAGAAUAAUAGUAGAGAGAAUUAUUUAUUUCAGCUUUUAUUCCUUUCAUCACAUUCCCAGUGGGUCAGAAGUUUACAUACACUCAAUUAGUAUUUGGUAGCAUUGCCUUUAAAUUGUUUAACUUGGGUCAAACGUUUCGUGUAGCCUUCCACAAGCUUCCCACAAUAAGUUGGGUGAAUUUUGGCCAUUCCACCUGACAGAGCUGGUGUAACUGAGUCAGGUUUGUAGGCCUUCUUGCUCGCACACGCUUUUUCAGUUCUGCCCACACAUUUUCUAUAGGAUUGAGGUCAUGGCUUUGUGAUGGCCACUCCAAUACCUUGACUUUUGCCACAACUUUGGAAGUAUACUUGGGGUCGUUGUCCAUUUGGAAGACCGAUUUGUGACCAAGCUUUAACUUCCUGACUGAUGUCUUGAGAUGUUGCUUCAAUAUAUCCACAUCAUUUUCCUUCCUCAUGAUGCCAUCUAUUUUGUGAAGUGCACCAGUCCCUCCUGCAGCAAAGCACCCCCUCAGCAUGAUGCUGCCACCCCCUGUCACGAUCGUUGAGAAACGGGUCAGACCAAGGUGCAGCGUGGUAUGCGAACAUGUUUAUUUACUCAAUAAACAUACAACAAAACAAUAAACAACGUAACGUGAAGUCCUCCGGCUAUACACAUACAAGCCAACACGGAACAAGAUCCCACAACUAAGGUCGGCAAACAGGCUACUUAAGUAUGAUCCCCAAUCAGAGACAACGAGCGACAGCUGUCUCUGAUUGGGAAUCACACCCGGCCAAACAUAGAAAUACAAUACCUAGAACAUAAACGUAGAAUUUCUAGCAUAGAUUCUCACGCCAUGACCAAACCAACUAAAGACGACCGGCCUCUCAAGGCCAGGGCGUGAUAGUAUCCCCCCCCCCCCCCCCCCAAAGGUGCGUACUCCGGCAGGACCAACCUGACUCAUUAGGGGAGGGUCCGGGUGGGCAUUCAGCCUCGGAGGCGGACUGGGGACACGCACCACUGGCUUGGUGCGAGGAGCAGGGACGGGCCGUACUGGACUGGGAACACGAACCACUGGCUUUGCGCGGGGAGCAGGUACGGGGCGUACCGGGCUGGCGACACGCACCACUGGUUUGGUGCGAGGAGCAGGGACGGGCCGUACUGGACUGGGAACACUUACCACUAUCUUGGUGCGAGACGCAGGCACGAGGUGUACUGGACUGGGAACUGUCGUUAGAGAUCUUCGACUGUACCAGUCUUUUACUCUCCGCGCCCAGUCCUCCUCCAGUGAGGACUCAUCCUUGAGCCCCCACGAGUGCAGUGGUCGGGGCUCUUCUAUAUCGAUCCCCGACCACCCAUUUAGCCCCCAACGUUUUUUUUCUUGGGGCUGUCUCUCGGGCUUCCUCCUUGGCCGGCGCCUUCUGUGUUGCCGUUGCUCCUCUCUAACCCGGGCUUCCUCUGUCUGUUCCCAAGGACUGCGAUCCAUCCCAGCCUGGAUCUCCUCCCAUGUCCAAGAUCCCUUACCAUCCAGGAUCUCCUCCCAUGUCCAGGAUGUCUGCUCCUGGCCACGCUGCUUGGUCCUCGUUUGGUGGGAUCUUCUGUCACGAUCGUUGAGAGACGGGUCAGACCAAGGUGCAGCAUGGUAUGCGAACAUGUUUAUUUACUUAAUAAAUAUACAACAAAACAAUAAACAACGUAACGUGAAGUCCUCCGGCUAUACACAUACAAGCCAACACGGAACAAGAUCCCACAACUAAGGUCGGCAAACAGGCUACUUAAGUAUGAUCCCCAAUCAGAGACAACAAGCGACAGCUGUCUCUGAUUGGGAAUCACACCCGGCCAAACAUAGAAAUACAAUACCUAGAACAUAAACACAGAAUUUCUAGCAUAGAUUCUCACGCCCUGACCAAACCAACUAAAGACGACCGGCCUCUCAAGGCCAGGGUGUGACACCCCCGUGCUUCACGGUUGGGAUGGUGUUCUUCGGCUUGCAAGCCUCACCUUUUUCCUCCAAACAUAACGAUGGUCAUUAUGGCCAAACAGUUCUAUUUUUGUUUCAUCAGGCCAGAGGACAUUUCUCCAAAAAGUACGAUCUUUGUCUCCAUGUGCAGUUGCAAACCGUAGUCUGGCUUUUUUAUGGCGGUUUUGGAGCAGUGGCUUCUUCCUUGCUGAGCGGCCUUUCAGGUUAUGUCGAGAUAGGACUCGUUUUACUGUGGUUAUAGAUACUUUUGUACCUGUUUCCUCCAGCAUCUUCACAAGGUCCUUUACUGUUGUUCUGGGAUUGAUUUGCACUUUUCGCACCAAAGUACGUUCAUCUCUAGGAGACAGAACGCGUCUCCUUCCUGAACGAUAUGACGGCUGCGUGGUCCCAUGGUGUUUAUACUUGCGUACUAUAGUUUGUACAGAUGAAUGUGGUACCUUCAGUCGUUUGGAAAUUGCUCCCAAGGAUGAACCAGACUUGUGGAGGUCUAAAAAAAAAAAUUCUGAGGUCUUGGCUGAUUUUCUUUUGAUUUUCCUAUGAUGUCAAGCAAAGAGGCACUGAGUUUGAAGGUAGGCCUUGAAAUACAUCCACAGGUACACCUCCAAUUGACUCAAAUGAUGUCAAUUAGCCUGUCAGAAGCUUCUAAAGCCAUGACAUCAUUUUUCUGGAAUUUUCCAAGCUGUUUAAAGGCACAGUCAACUUAGUGUAUGUAAACUUCUGACCCACUGGAAUUGUGAUACAGUGAAUUAUAAGUGAAAUAAUCUGUCUGUAAACAAUUGUUGGAAAAAUUACUUGUGUCAUGCACAAAGUAGAUGUCCUAACCGACUUGCCAAAACUAUAGUUUGUUAACAAGAAAUUUGUGGAGUGGUUGAAAAACGAUUUUUAAUAACUCCAACCUAAGUGUAUGUAAACUUCUGACUUCAAAUGUAAUAAUAUGGGUUUUGGCCAGCAGAACAUGAAGAAUAACAGUCAUAACAAGACGGGAAUUGUUGUACUCUGUCCAAAGGUGAUAGAUUUCACCUAUAGGCUAGUUGUUUUAAAGCCUAGUACAACAUUACAAUACAAUCCCAGUGAAGAUGUUAAAAAAUACUUAUUUUCAACGUCUUUUCAACCAACAAUAUGUAUUUUCAAUGUCUUUUCAACGUCUUGUGCUCUCUGGUUCUUCCCUCUUGGCUGGUGAUGCCAUGACUUAAGACUUAUAAGCCUUGUUAUUAGGAAACAUUAUAAAGGCUCCCACAUUAUUAUAAAAAGCAUCAUAAUGCAUUGUACCUGCAGGCUUUAAGUAAAGUGUUACCACAUAUUUUACUGCAGACAGCUUGAAGACAACAUAUCAAUGUAGUGUUAAGAGAGCGGAGAUGGAAUUUUAUUGGAAACUAUUGAUGUUAUUACUUUGUCUCUUUUUAUUAUAUUAGAAAUCAUUAAUGUUGUACUCUGUGUUGUCCUCUGGCAUUUAGUGUUUAGACAACUCGAGCAUGUACCGCACACACACACACACACACACACACACACACACAGGAACAUGCUUCUGGAAUGAAUAAUUUAUUUCUUGUUGGCUCAUUUUCCCUCUCGGAACCUUCAGGACACCAAGGGACUCAAUUGAAGUUACCACAACACAGAGUUUAGCUUCCUCUUGACUUGCAUCUGUUAGGAAAUUCAAGCUACCCCAACAAACACUUUAGCUUCCACUUGACUUGCUUCUGUAAGGACAACAUUGAUGUAACAUAUUUAAUUUAUUGACAACAUGAUACAUUUAUUAAUCAGUUACAAAAAAGGCUAAAAUGGAUGCUAAAAUAAAAGGUACAGGAUGUGCUUUGAGAUUUGGUUGAAUCAACACUGAUGUCUGUCUGUUGCUGACUUGCCAGUGUUAAAGUGUGUGUGUGUGUGUGUGUGUGUGUGUGUGUGUGUGUGUGUGUGUUAGGGUUGGGUGAUAUGAUAGUAUCGUCUAUCGACGAUGAUUGACAGCCAUCAUCGAUGGUGACGACAUCGUGAUGUGACAGACGAUGGUUUAGCCUAUUUGUACUUGACUGGCGCCGCGCAGUAAAGAACGGAGUCUCGAAGCGCACAGCAUGGCAGCACACAAGUGACAUUCUGGGUAAUUCCUAUUUGCUAAAGCCUAUUUCAAUAAAUAUGUUGUAUACACAACGCAAGAGAAUAAUGUUGGCCAGACAGAGCAGAGAAUUCCACCAAAGCAGCGCAAAAUGACACCACUUAACUCCCGAGUGGCGCAGUGGUCUAAGGCACUGCAUCGCAGUGCUAGCUGUGCCACUAGAGAUCCUGGUUCGAAUCCAGGCUCUGUUGUAGUCGGCCGCGACCGGGAGACCCAUGGGGCGGCGCACAAUUGGCCCAGCGUCGUCCAGGGUAGGGGAGGGAAUGGCCGGCAGGGGAUACCAACUGUAGCUCAGUUGGUAGAGCAUGGCGUUUGCAACGCCAGGGUUGUGGGUUCGAUAAAAUAAUGUAUGCGCUAACUGUAAGUCGCUCUGGAUAAGAGCGUCUGCUAAAUGACUAAAAUGUAAAUGUAAAUGUUGUCUAGCUGUUUUUAAAGAACGUAGCCUAUAUACAGGAUAGCCUUCUCUCUAGGCUAUGAAUAUGACUUUGUGCUAUAGACUACACUUUCAUUGUUUAUGCAUGGCUUUCUCCCAAUCAAACAGUAAAUGGACAGCACGAAAAAAGUAUGAAAAUGUAUGCACUCACUACUGUAAGUCGCUCUGGAUAAGAGCGUCUGCUAAAUGACUCAAAUGUAAAAAUGACUAAUAAUGAGAGCGAGUGAGAACAAACAAUAUCAAUAGAAAAAUGUAAUCAAGUUUAAGCUUAUUGAGAAAGAAAUGAUCCAUGCGGGACAGGAAAAUCCCUCCAUGUGAGAUUAAAAACCAAAUGGCCAAUAACCUGUCUUUUAAAAAUUGUAAGACAAGUUAGUUAUGAACAGUCACUUAUUUUCCAAAUAUUGUAGCCUGGUGUUGUCCUAAAGUUGCUGCUUUCAAAAAUCACAAGAAUGAAAGUCUAUAGCCUAAGCAUAGGCUAUUCUCAAUCACAGCUUUAUGAGCGAUAGAACAAACAAUAUUAUGUAUUUAUUAUUAUGUUAUGGGGCAAAUUAAGCAAUUAUUUUCCAGUUCUGAAGAAUCUGCUUCUAUCCAGCCCAUGAUGUAUAACCUUACUCACUACGGUAAGACCGUUCCUCAUCAGACUGUCACUGCUCCAUCACACACACACACACACACACACACACACACACACACACACACACACACACACACACACACACACACACACACACACACACACACACACACACACACACACACACACACACACACACUCCAUGCUGAAGCUCCUCCACCAGAAAUAAAUAUUAGAAAACAUUUCCCUGCACUUAGCUUCUGCCCAGGCUUUCAACAUUAUCUUUCGUCAUGAUUUGUCCUGUUGAAGCAUUCGAUUUCACGCUAUAGCCUAACUGUCAUUUUAGCUGAGUAAAAAUAAUAUGGGGGUUGGUCAAUAGAGGGGCAAUACCCUCGUAUAUCACAAUGUGGGUUUUUAUGGAUACAUAAUCACGAUAGGACGAAGAUUGACAUCGCCCAACCCUAAUGUCUGUCUGUGUCUCUCUCUCUCUCUCUGUGUGUGUGUGUGUGUGUGUGUGUGUGUGUGUGUGUGUGUGUGGGUGGGUCAACAUGUUGUGAAUCAUCAUAGCAUAGUGUGUUGGUGCUUUUUGAUAUCCUCACACACAAACACUUGGCUGGCUCAGUUGCCCUUUUGUGUGGGUGUGGUGUGUUAGUCAGUCCGAACAGAACAGAAGUAUGAUUUUAUUAAUGUCCAGACCUUGUCUUGGCUGUCUAUCAUGCUAUGGCACAUAGGAUAUGCAUACGGGGAAACCUUGUCCUGGUGUGAGUCUGGCCUUUCCAAGAAUCCUUCUGUACAAUUUCAGUUUAUAGCGACAGGGUCUCCAUUUUGACCUGUUUGCUAUUUAUUGUUAGAUAUGAUAAUCCUUGCUUCCAGUAUCUCCUACGUACGUACAGGUCAGAUAAAUUAAUUUGAGAUGGUUUCCCCCCAGCUCGACCCAGUUGUCUUGGUCAUAGGAAAGAUACUGUCAGUCUGUGAGACGUAUGAGUGUAUUGGUGUCUCUGCCGCAAACUGGUACUGGCUAAAAAUAUGCUUCUGACACUUCAGUGUUUCCACUUGCCGCUCUCUCUCUCUCUCUCUCUCUCUCCCCCCCUCUCUCACAACUGAACUUGUUACUGUGACACUCACGCAGCCAGAAAUAGUCUUAAUGCAGAAGAAGACGGAGGAGAAACUAAAGUCUGCGUCACAAAUAGCACCCUAUUUCCUAUGUAGUGCACCACUUUCGACCAGAGCCUUUGGGCCCUGGUCAAAGCUGUGCAUUAAAUAGGAAAUAGGGUAAAAUAUGGGACUCAGCCUAAAUGCUAAAGCCAUGAUGAUUAAUAUUCCACCUACUGCAUCCCCUCCUGAUUCACCUCCAGGGUGGCAUUCAUCAGGGUAAAAUGUAUCCAAAGGUUUUGCAACAGCAAACUAAAUAGUUUUUCUUAUUGGACAAGUGACACGUAGUCCAUCCCGGUUUCAGUGCGUUUUCUUCUUUUUGGUGCCUAAUGAACACAAUCUAGUUCUGUAAACUAAAACGAAACUAAAGCAACUCCAAAAGGGAAGAUAACAAAUACAGAAAGACUGACCGAGGAAGACUAUUGUAGCACCUUUGUGUGCCUGCCUGACUGGCACAUGCGUGUCCUGUCUUUUGCAGAUGGGCUGGAACUAGAGAAGCACAAAUACCUUGAAUAAACACAUACUUGUGUACUAGGCUACUUGUUUAGUGGACCAUAAGUCUUACAAAUGCAGUAGUAGAACAAGUGCACAGCAGAUGCUAGAUCUAUGAUGUACAGUAAGCCAACAAGUAGGCCUAGCAUUCCACUUCCCUGCUGAGCAAGCUGUCGGGUCAACGUGUUUUCAGUGUCAGCAGCAUUUUGUGCCACUUUGUGGAUAUAUCUAGACAUGUGUAGUUACCUGUGAAAGACAUAAGUCGCUUACGGCUAAAAGGGUUUGAAAGGUCUGCGGUACAAAAACCAGAGUGUAUUGUACAUCACAUAAAUUAUUUGUUGUGCAACCCAAAGUGAUACCGUAUGAAUAUGUUCCAAAAGAUAGCCAGUCAAAUGUAUAUGAUUCUGCGACUUGACAUCUGAUAUUGAGGUUAAGGUGCUUUCUGGCACCUAACUGACUGAGCAUCAGGCCUAGUAGAUUAUCACCUCUCUCUCUGUGUGUGUGUGUGUGUGUGUGUGUGUGUGUGUGUGUUUGUGUUCACCGAUCUACCCCAACCCGAUUACCCGGGAUCCGACCAGGUCAGAUGCAACAUUUUGCAGUUAACCCUCAGAUCCCGGGUCGGAUCCCGAUGGGUGGCUACGGGCCUUGGAUCUGUGUGACAAAACGGCAUAUUCAUUUUAUGAAAACGAGCCAGUGCGCACUGCACGUGAUCAGCUUCAUAAACUAUAUCUCUCUCCCUCCCUCUCUUCAGAGGUUUACCAACGAGGACCACCUGGCUGUACACAAACACAAGCAUGAGAUGACUCUGAAGUUUGCCCCUGCCAGGACUGACUCUGUCAUUAUCCAAGGUACUGGUUCUCCUAGUGAGUCUGGAUUAUUCAACUUCAUUACUCUACUGUUUGUACUGUCACCUCUUUACUUUGGUACUCUUGUCAGUUGUUGAGUACCCAAAAUGAAACAAUUUUGUCAGAAAUAGCAUCUCUGUCAUCGCCUGUCAAGUUUGACUUCCCUGAAGACCUUUAGUUGAAUAUCGGAUUAAUUAGAUUAUCUUUAAAGCUAGAAUCCUUAGUUGAAAGAAUAACAAACUGUCACCCUGCCUUUUGUUUUGAAAAAAAGCUGAGGGAAGGGCCUGGAGAAAUGUAGCCAUUCUCAAAUUCAUAGAGCUAGGGAUGCAAGAAAUGACCAUCCAUGAUAUCAAAAUGAUCGUUUGAACCAUUGUUUACAAACAUUGGAGUAAAACAAGGAGGCGUGGUGCACUGGUGUAUGGCCUGUGACACGAACGGUCAAAAGUGGUGAGGGAGGAGCGCCCUUCUUAAAUUGAGCAGUAAUCUGCGCCGCACUGUCAGGCUGUCAACAAGGCAGCAGAGUGCAUUGUCCAGAAACAUAUAGUCUCAAAUUCCCGACCCUAGGCAACACUGAUGGACUCUUUUGGCAUAGAGGAACUACGUCACUGCCUACAUCGAUAAAGGGAAAAAAACACAUUCUGGGGGCUCUCCCAACAAAUCACGAGGCAGACAUGCCAGAACAUCACAAUUCGAAACCAAAGUUUGCAGGCAACACCUUUUGUAGUGGUAGUUGAUGCAAACUAGGCACUUGUGAAAUGCACUCAUUAAAAAUAACCUCUGUGAUCUCCAUCUUGCUAGCUACUAUUUUAUUCAAGCGGAUAUUUUAUUCAAGCGGAUGAAGUAGAGACGUAGACGUUGUUCCUCUAUGCCAAAAUAGUCCAUAAUUGAAACCAGACCCUAGACACUGUUGCCUAGGGUCAGGUUUUCGAGACUAUAAAAUGUAUGUUCAAAUUUUCAUUGGGAAGGCAGAUAAAGCGUUUUUAUCAAAAGCAAUCACUUUUGCAUGUGAAAACACCGAAUCCUACUCAUUACCCCAUGUGCUUAAUCAAGCCUAGGCUACGUCACUUUUGUUUUGAGUCGACUUCACCCGUGGGCUUUGAAAGGGGCAAUCACUUUUUCUUUGAAAACGAUUGCAAUCACUUUUCUCCCGGUGCAAACUCCUUCCAACUGGGUAACCCGGGCCAGAUAAUCGAAUCCCCUCAAGUUUAUAUUUUGGAUUCUGAUGGGGGUAUGAUAGUUGAUAUUAGUUCAUGAGCCAUUUCUAAGUUAUAUUCUUCAAUAAUCAAUGGGUAUAUAUCAUUGAUUUACAGUGGGGGAAAAAAGUAUUUAGUCAGCCACCAAUUGUGCAAGUUCUCCCACUUAAAAAGAUGAGAGAGGCCUGUAAUUUUCAUCAUAGGUACACGUCAACUAUGACAGACAAAUUGAGAAGAAAGAAAUCCAGAAAAUCACAUUGUAGGAUUUUUAAUGAAUUUAUUAGCAAAUUAUGGUGGAAAAUAAGUAUUUGGUCACCUACAAACAAGCAAGAUUUCUGGCUCUCACAGACCUGUAACUUCUUCUUUAAGAGGCUCCUCUGUCCUCCACUCGUUACCUGUAUUAAUGGCACCUGUUUGAACUUGUUAUCAGUAUAAAAGACACCUGUCCACAACCUCAAACAGUCACACUCCAAACUCCACUAUGGCCAAGACCAAAGAGCUGUCAAAGGACACCAGAAACAAAAUUGUAGACCUGCACCAGGCUGGGAAGACUGAAUCUGCAAUAGGUAAGCAGCUUGGUUUGAAGAAAUCAACUGUGGGAGCAAUUAUUAGGAAAUGGAAGACAUACAAGACCACUGAUAAUCUCCCUCGAUCUGGGGCUCCACGCAAGAUCUCACCACUGUGGGGUCAAAAUGAUCACAAGAACGGUGAGCAAAAAUCCCUUGAACCACACGGGGGGACCUAGUGAAUGACCCUGCAGAGAGCUGGGACCAGAGUAACAAAGCCUACCAUCAGUAACACACUACACCGCCAGGGACUCAAAUCCUGCAGUGCCAGACGUGUCCCCCUGCUUAAGCCAGUACAUGUCCAGGCCCGUCUGAAGUUUGCUAGAGUGCAUUUGGAUGAUCCAGAAGAGGAUUGGGAGAAUGUCAUAUGGUCAGAUGAAACCAAAAUAUAACUUUUUGGUAAAAACUCAACUCGUCGUGUUUGGAGGACAAAGAAUGCUGAGUUGCAUCCAAAGAACACCAUACCUACUGUGAAGCAUGGGGGUGGAAACAUCAUGCUUUGGGGCUGUUUUUCUGCAAAGGGACCAGGACGACUGAGCCGUGUAAAGGAAAGAAUGAAUGGGGCCAUGUAUCGUGAGAUUUUGAGUGAAAACCUCCUUCCAUCAGCAAGGGCAUUGAAGAUGAAACGUGGCUGGGUCUUUCAGCAUGACAAUGAUCCCAAACACACUGCCCGGGCAACGAAGGAGUGGCUUCUUAAGAAGCAUUUCAAGGUCCUGGAGUGGCCUAGCCAGUCUCCAGAUCUCAACCCCAUAGAAAAUCUUUGGAGGGAGUUGAAAGUCUGUGUUGCCCAGUGACAGCCCCAAAACAUCACUGCUCUAGAGGAUAGCUGCAUGGAGGAAUGGGCCAAAAUACCAGCAACAGUGUGUGAAAACCUUGUGAAGACUUACAGAAAACGUUUUGACCUGUGUCAUUGCCAACAAAGGGUAUAUAACAAAGUAUUGAGAAACUUUUGUUAUUGACCAAAUACUUAUUUUCCACCAUAAUUUGCAAAUAAAUUCAUAAAAAAUCCUACAAUGUGAUUUUCUGGGAAAAAAAUUCUAAUUUUGUCUGUCAUAGUUGACGUGUACCUAUGAUGAAAAUUACAGGCCUCUCUUAUAUUUUUAAGUGGGAGAACUUGCACAAUUGGUGGCUGACUAAAUACUUUUUUCCCCCACUGUAUGUCCAAAAAUGUAUGUAGCAACUAAGGAUUCUAGCUUUAAAUCUCCACACCAAAGUGUUUCAGAAUAAAACAUCCAUCCAUUGGCUCUUUUCUGUACGGGAAGUGUGGAAAAAAAGAUGAGAGAUUUUCUAAAAUUGGACAUUUCUCUGUGUUUCUCUUCCUCCUGUUCCAGACCAGACCCCUACUCCCACUCGCUUCCUGAAGAACUGCGAGGAGGUGGGGCUGUUCAACGAGCUGGCUAGCUCCUUCGCUGAAGAGUUCAGGAAGGCCCAGGAGGAUGACGACAAGCGGGCCAAGAACCCUGUGAGUAGAACCCAGGUGGUUCCAUGGACCACAUUUGCCUGAUGAGUUACUGUAUUUGAGACCUGAAGACUUGCGUAAGCUCUAGGCUUUAGGUCAGCAGACUAACAGUCUUGUUGUUAAAGGGGAGUAUAUAUAUAUAAAAACAUGGGGGAUUGGAAGUGAUGCAGACAAUUACAUUGAUGGAAGUUACAAUCGAUCUGCAAUAUUAAGCUGAUCUACCCCCAAAGAAAAAUAAAAAAUAAAAAUAAAAUGUCUUGUUGUGCGCAGAAGACCAAGAUCGGAACCCAGUCAGUCACAUGGGCAAUGGGGUGGAAUGGGAUUGGAGACCUGGAUCUUCUGAAGGGCUAUCUCUCCUGUGCUUUGUAGUGUCUCACAGUCUCCCUCUCCCUCCUUCUCUCCCCCCCUCUCCUCCAGCUCCCUGCCCCGAACAGGGAGGUGGCCCUGGACAUGAGCCUGCAGACGCCGUCAGCAGAUGCCGUGAGGGUGAAGGAGGAGAAGCCUGUUGAGGUUGACUCCUCCCCACCAGGAAGUCCAGAUUCCUUUUCCAGCAUGUCAGACAGUAGCAGGGACGCCAUGGUGAGAAGAGGAAAGGUAGGGGUCAAAACUAAGGGGACAUGACUGACCAGCAAACCCAUGUUGAAUGACCUAAUUGGUUAUGGUUAGGUUAGGAUUAGAUUUCUGGGUUGGCAUGCCAGUCACGUCCCUUCAGUCACACCCAAAGGUAGGAGACGGGAGGGCCAGAGGAACAGGUAGUUAGUAGGGAUGAGAGACUAGGAUGGGCGCUGUGGUUUGUUAAUGGGGAACGGACGGCUGACAGGAUAGGGGAACAACAUGCCUGCUGUACUCCACCUUUACUAAGUCUAUGUGCUAUCAAGCACAUGCAUUGGAAAAUAGGCUUUAUUAAACCUACAAGAGUCGUUAUUGACCUAAUGCUGACCUUAUACUCAUCACCUGGUGUUCAACUAAGCAUCUCUCCUGUCUUCUCUCAGGACACUCCCCCGAGGCCAGCGCUGAGUUCGGCCCCCACCCCCACGAUCGUGAGGCCAGGCGCCCUCCCUGUGCGGCCCAGACCAGGCUCUCUGCCCCUCCACCUGGGUUUCGACGCUCUGCACCCCACCAUGCCUUCACCCACCUCCGUCAUCACACCCACCCCACCCUCCAACCGCACCCUAUUGGGGUGAGUGACUGGUCCUCCCGCCACAAGCCUGGUUCCAGGUCUGAAGAUGGCAUAAGCAGAUCUGGAACCAGGCUAGUCCUCCGUGGGGCCUGGAGAUCCAGUUAAAGAUGGCUGUUUUAUGCCGAAUCCCACAUCAACCCUUUUUACAAUCCCUACCCUCUAGGCCACUACUGUAGAACUGAAAGGACUGGAUAAGUGUAUCCUAUAUGAUGUAAAUUCCACCUAGCCUAUCAGAGGGCAAGAUGGAGAUUUCCAAAUCGAUUUUUUUCCCCACCAGUAACCCUCUACCUCUCUCUUCUAGCUCUCCCACAGGCCACUACCCCAUGAUGAUGCACCUUCCCAACGGCCUCCUCCCUGGACCCAUGCAGAUACCCUCUGUCAUAUCUGUAAGUAACCUGCCUUCACCGGUCUGUCGUCCUCUGGUUUGGGACCGGCGGUUGUUGCCAAUUCUGAUUCAAGUGGAAGCUGACCAUUACCUGGAAGCUGGUCCUCCGUAGCUCAGUUGGUAGAGCAUGGUGCUCGCAACGUCAAGAUAGUGGGUUAGAUUCUCGGAACCGCCCCUAUUAUUAUUAUUAUUAUUAUUAUUAUUAUUAUUAUUAUUAUUAUUACAUAUCAGUCAGGGAGCCUAGUUUGAUCAUAAAUAAUUCAAUUGUAUGCUUGCACUAGUUGUCUAUAAUGAGUAUUAAUUCACAUGGAAGAACAUAUGAAGCACCUUGAAACACUGCCAUUGAGUAGUGUCUCACUUUGCCAGCAUGAGCCCCAACCUAGGUUGUUAAUGUGUGUGUGUGUGUGUGUGUGUGUGUGUGUGUGUGUGUGUGUGUGUGUGCGCCUCCUGUCUCUAGCUGGCCCGGCCCAUGCACAUGGUGCCCAACAUUCCCGGCAUCCCUGGUCCUCCUCUGGGAGGUGGCAGCAGCGGCUCCAACUCCCCCUCCGGGUACACCACACACUCUGAGGCCAAGAUGGUUAGGAACAGAUGUCUCUGUGUGUCUCUCUCUCUCUCUCUCUGUCUCUCUCUAUCUGUGUGUGUCUCUCUCUCUGUCUCUCUCUAUCUGUGUGUCUCUUUCUCUCUGUCUCUAUUAGGGAUGCACAUUUCUGUCAAUUUUGCUGCCGACUAACCGACCCUCAUUAACCGCUUAACAAACUCUUACAUUUGUUCCAAACAGUAAAAUGACAUGACCAACAUAAAUUACUAUGCAUGAAUACAAGCAACAGACAUUUUUGAAACUAUUGAAACGUGCAACAAUAGCAAGCAGUGUUUUCCAUUAGUUACUUUGCUAGUGCGUCGAGCCCUCUCCCGCUAGAAUGAAUGAUAUGCAUCUUCUAGCGAUCUAUUGAUAGGAUAGGGACCUGUCAGUCACAAAGCGAGCGAUGACAGGGAAACACAGUCUGCUGUCUGUCCCGCCUCCCGGUACAAUUUGUCUGUGGUUGCAGUCAAUUUCUUUACAUGGAGGAGGGAGAGAUCAUGAUGCUCGUGAAUUUGCAAGUCCCAUGUAAUGUAAGUGGUAAAGAUAAGUUGAAAUCCACGACUUAGCCUAAUUAUUGAUUUCUAGUGCUUUCAUAUUUCCUAGGCUUCCUUUCCUAGGAUUUUGGGGCUUGCCAGACAGUGACGGUAAAGUGAGUGACUCGUCUCGUCAGCCUACCGAAUCGCAUCGAUGACAGAGCCGUUCAUUUGGCUCCCUAAUUUGCAUAGGCUACUUUUAGGCAAUUACCUGCAGAUAAAUUAUGAAAAGAGUCGAUGAAGAUGGUGAAUCAUCACUACAGGAACAAUACGUAGUGGAGAGCCUCAUUCUGGUCCAAAAUAUGAUCAUUAGGGCCCUCACAGAAUCCAGGCAUUAAAACAGAAUUCAACAAUAUUCUAAAAUGUAUUUACCUUAGUAGGGAAUCAACUAAAUGUAUUGAACAAUUAUUAAUUUGCCCAAGUUUAACAUAAGACAUGAACAGAAUGCAUCAGUGAUUCGUAUUAGCUGCAACUUUCUGAAGAGGCAAUGGGAAUGUCUGUGUGUAGAUGGAAAUGCUUUCUCAAAAAGCCUUCUCAAUUAAAUGUUAACUGAAAAGUAGCCUAUGCUUAUCUGGCAGAAUUAUGUCAUGAUUAUUUUCAUCAAUCCAGUGGGUAUUUGUUUUGCAAACUCUACCAUCACAUGUACCCUACAAAUACACUGCUAAACAACAUCCUCUUGCUAGGUGAAACUUGAAUAAAGGGGUAACUACACCCAAAAAUAAACAUUUCUCCUGAUUUGGUUUAAGCAUUGUUGUGGACUUAGAACAUCCAAUUUUGUUGUUUUUCUAUUUUAAAAAAGUAUGAUUUUGAGAGCGAAAACCUGAAAAAACUGGGAGAAACGGAAACCUGUAAAAACAAACCUAGCAAAUACGUCAAACACAUGGUUUCCAGGUGUUUUAUGCCAUUCCAUUUGCUCCGUUCCAGACAUUAUUAUGAGCUGUUCUCCCCUCAGCAGCCUCCACUGCUUUCUGCCAUACAUACCUUCAAACUACCAUAAAACUCCUUAAGUAUGCCCUUACCUAAGGAAAUAUUCAAACAAUUCCCUUAGGUAAGGGAAAAUUAUUCCUUAAGGUAAACCCUUAAGGGAAACACUUAAGAUGUUUUAUGAAACCGGGCCCUCAACUUUGAACUUUUUCACUUAAUUUAAGGCGUUAAUUCGCCUAAAGUUAAGGAAACUUUAAGUGAAACGAUAAGGGGAAUAUUUACUUAAGAUGUUUUAUGCAACCGGGCCCUGCAGCUCUCGGUGUCCGACAGGUGAUAUUCCAUGUGAUAAUUAAGGUACAUGACAAACUAAUGAAAAUACACACGUGCCAAUUUAAUUCCACUCAGUUAUGCAAAUGAACCUUUAGACCGAUGAGCUCGACCGGUCAAAUGUAUUUUCGGCGGCUCUCUGUGUCCAUUGGUUUCCCCCUUCGGGUCCACCACACACUCUGAAACCAAAAUGGUGAGAUCUAUUUAUGGCGCUCUCUUGUUCUUUCUCACACACCAUCUCUCUGGUUCUCUCUCUCCCCCUUCCCCCCUUCGCUCUCGCUUUCUUUAUUUUUCCCCCCCAUCUCCCUUCGUUGCCCUGUAACCUUCGUUCCCUCCUAUCUCUGUUUGUUCAUCACGUGACUGAGAUUGCAUAGUCCAGAAGCAAUUGUGAUAACACUUGUGUUUUUUUUGUGUGUGUUUUUGUCCAUGUGUGUUUUAAUGUUAAAAUGGUCCUGGUUGUCCUGUCUUCUGUAGAGGUUGAAGGCAGCACUGGCCCAGCAGAGUUCAGGAGGUCAUGGUAUGGGAGGUAUGGCCGGCAGCCCCAUGCACCCCCAGAGGAUGGAACAGAGCCAGUUAUUGGUGCAGCACCCCGAUGCACCCUCCCCAGCACAGCCACAGGUAGGAUGACGUGGAGACAUUGACACACUCUCACUCACUCCCUCAAGCACUCACUCACAUGCAUGUUAAUUGUAAAGAAUAUACAUGGAGGCUUUACUCUGUGGCAAUCACGGUUGGGGUCAAUUCCAUUUCAUUUCCAGUCAAUUCAGAAAGUAAAUUGGAAUUGGAAUUUCAGUGUACUUCCUGAGUUGACAGGAAUUGAAAUGGAAUUGACCUCAACCCUGGUGGCAAUAGUAUAUUAUCCAAAUCCUCUUGACUUGGAUCUUCGUGACUCGUCGUUCGUUGACAUCAGUGGAGGGGCAGGGGCAUUAUAAUUUAGGCACUGAAAGACAAUUUUGUAUCGGUCUUGUUUUAAGUGUUGACAACCUGACAAGCCCACUCCCCCUCAGUUUAUACCCGUCAGCUUGCUGCGAUGACUCAAACCCUCUCUCUAUCCCACCUCCCUCUCUCUCCAUCUCCCCCACGCCCUCCCCCUUCCCCUCCAGGUGUCUCCGGCCCAGCCUACUGGUGGUCGGCGGCGGCGUGCGGCGGAGGACGACCCGGACGACAGACGACAGCGUUUCCUAGAGAGGAACCGGGCGGCUGCUUCGCGCUGCCGACAGAAACGCAAAGUCUGGGUCAACUCCCUGGAGAAGAAGGCCGAGGAGCUUGUCUCCAUGAACGUCUCGCUGGCGGUGAGUAUGCGGUGUGUGUGUGUGUGUGUGUGUGUGUGUGUGUUUUUUUUCAAAGCCGCACUGUACUUCGAUCUCAUCUCUCCUUUUCUCCAAACCACCUACUCAUUGAAAUAUUUCAAGCAGUUUGAAAAUAGAAGAUAUUCUUUCCUCUUCUGACUGUACCGGGUAGAGACAGAGUAUUGACUCAUUGUGUUACACAACAGCAUUGACUCAUUGUGUUACUGUGUCGCUUCAGAAUGAAGUGUCUCUCCUGAGGAACGAGGUGGCUCAUCUCAAACAGCUGCUGCUGGCUCACAAGGACUGCCCUGUCACCACUCUACAGAAGAAGAUUGCCUACAUUGGUGAGCCUGUUAGCUUGCAGCAUCUAGAAAACACAUAAACUCUCAUAUGUGCUUUUGUAAUAUUAUCUUAUGCUGUUUUUGUCUAUAACUUCUGUAUUCUGUCAUGCAUUUUAUGUUUUAUCGGUCUACACACAAUACCCCAUAAUGACAAAUACAAAGCAAAUGUAUAACAAAAAAAAAACCCCCGGAAAUAUCACAUUUACAUAAGUAUUCAGACCCAGUACUUUGUUAAAGCACCUUUGGCAGCGAUUACAGCCUCGAGUCUUCUUGGGUAUGACGCUACAAGCUUGGCACACUUGUAUUUGGGGAGUUUCUCCCAUUCUUAGGGUCGUUGUCCUGUUGGAAGGUGAACCUUCGCCCCAGUCUGAGGUCCUGAGCGCUCUGGAACAGGUUUUCAUCAAGGAUCUCUCUGUACUUUGCUCUGUUCAUCUUUCCCUCGAUCCUGACUAGUCUCCCAGUCCCUGCCGCUGAAGAACAUCCCCACAGCAUGAUGCUGCCACCACCAUGCUUUACCAUAGGGAUGGUGCCAGGUUUCUUCCAGACGUGACGCUUGGCAUUCAGGCCAAAGAGUUCAAUCUUGGUUUCAUCAGACCAGAGAAUCUUGUUUCUCAUGGUCUGAGGGUCCUUUAGGUGCCUUUUGGCAAACUCCAAGCGGGCUGUCAUGUGCCUUUUACUGAGUAGUGGCUUCCGUCUGGCCACUCUACCAUAAAGGCCUGAUUUGGUGGAGUGCUGAAAAGAUGGUUGUCUCCAUCUCCACAGAGGAACUCUGGAGCUCUGUCAGAGUGACCAUCGGGUUCUUGGUCACCUCCCUGACCAAGGCCCUUCUCGCCCGAUUGCUCAGUUUGGCCGGGCGGCCAGCUCUAGGAAGAGUCUUGGAAGGCCACUGUGUUCUUGGGGACCUUCAAUGCUGCAGACAUUUUUUGGUACCCUUCCCCAGAUCUGUGCCUCGACACAAUCCUGUCUCGGAGCUCUACAGACAAUUCCUUCGACCUCAUGGCUUGGUUUUUGCUCUGACAUGCACUGUCAACUGUGGGAUCUUAUAUAGACAGGUGUGUGCCUUUCCAAAUCAUGUCCAAUCAAUGUAAUUUACCACAGGUGGACUCCAAUCAAGUUGUAGAAACAUCUGAAGGAUGAUCGAUGGAAACAGGAUGCACCUGAGCUCAAUUUCGAGUCUCAUAGCAAAGGGUCUGAAUAAAAAAAAUCUAAAAACCUGUUUUCGCUUUGUCAUUAUGGGGUAUGGUUUGUAGAUUGAUGAGGAAAAUAAAUAAUUUCAUCAAUUUUAGAAUAAGGCUGUAACAUAACAAAAUGUGGAAGGGAAGGGGUCUGAAUACUUGCUCCGAAUGCACUGUAUACUAAAUCUCUUAAUUAAUGGGGGAUAGUGGUUGAAAUAGCUGAUUGUGGUUUCUGGUUCCUUCUACCCUGUAGAGCAGGGAUGGGCAACUGGGGGCCCACGGAUCAAUUCUCUCAUUUUUGGGGGGAACUCAGUUGAGGUCUCAACUUACUCUAGAAUAGUAGAAUACACAAGGUGCAGUUUCGAAAUUUGGUUGUGCAUCAGCAGGUUUUCUCUUGUUUUGUCAGUCACUCAAUUAGCCCAUAUCAGCUCAAAUGUGUUAGAUUGGUAAGUCAGGCUAGUGGCCAGCUAUCUAAACUUUUAGUAAUCAUGGUCGAUUUACUAACCGUGGGGCCCCCAUUGAUUUUGUUAAUCACUCACUCACUGCAAACAUUUCAAUCCACCCUUGGCAAAAUGUGUCAAAUUUAAGAAAUUAGCUGUAAAACUGCACAUUUUUCUCUCCGCCACAUGGCAAAAUGAGUACAAUUGCAUAGUAUUUUUUAUGAAAUUGCUAGAUUUUCUCUCUGCCGCAUGGCAAAAUGUGUAGAAUUGCAGAAAACAAAAAACAAAAAUAUGAUUAGCUUAGGGCCCACAAAAGGCUAGGGCCGGCUCUAUCUGAAUGUGUGGUGGGUAUGGAUGUGGGUACGCAGAUGAGUUCCGAUUUUUUGUGGCCCCCACCAAAGUUGCCCAUCCCUGAGGUAGAGCCACUCUGGUAAGCCCGUCCCUGUAACACUUUGUUCUUGUCUUCGUCCUACAGGAGAGGACAGUCCUAUGAGAGACAUGUCGGAGCCCACCGGCUCCCCAGCCCCUGUCAUCCAACACAGCUCCCUGCCCAGCCCCUCUCCUUCCUUGGGCCCCAACGGCAUGGGUGCCCGGGCGGCCGCCGAGGCCGUGGCCAUGUCCGUGCUGGCUGGGAUGGGUCAACACCAGCAGAGGAGAGGUGAAAGGGAUGGAGGGCGAGACGGGAGGGAUGAUCCCUCCUCCCACGUCAUCAUGGCCACGCAGUCACACCACUCUUCCAGAUGAUGAGCGAUGUGCGUAUCACACACCACGGCCCGGGACACUACGGCACACACCACCAGACACCACCCCACAUGGGUAGGAGAAGAGUGGAGGAGAUAUUUUUUGGUUUUGUUUUCUCAGGUGAGCAGAGGAGGAGUAGGAGGAAAACAUUGUCUUAAGUCAGAUAGCGUGACAAUUCCGCCUCCGAGCAUUGUGUAGGAGUGACGCGACCUGACGUAAGACAAUGGGAGGAGGAGGGACACCCGAAGAAAUAACCUCUUCCUACUAAAUUGAAACAACCUCCUCUUUCCACCUGCUGUGGUGGCCAUUUUGUGUCAGCCAUUUUGUCUCAGGCCUGGAGCCUUGCUGGAGCUCAGCAACAACAGCCUUCUGGGAAUGGACUGGGACAAUAAGAGAGAAAGAGCUUCCUGUUCUGUUCACUAUGCCAUAGACUAUAUACAGGGGCUGGACUCCACACCCCUCCAUAUCCCC